CAAGCUUUGGUUUGGUUGCAUGAGGUGGCCCACGCCAACAAUGCUGGGCUCACUCCCCGUUUCUCUCCUCGCUCUCGCUCAGCUGGCCCCGGUUGUGUCAGCUCGUGCCAACACCACGUCAUGGAACACGCCCACCUCCCCGUACGGCCUCUCCAGUCUCACUCCGCUACGAGACGAGAAAUGCCCACCAUGCUUCAACUGUCUCCUCCCCGCCUUCACCUGCGGCCAAUACGGCGAAUGCAAUGAAUGGGACGGCCAGUGUAAAUGUCCCCCGGGUUGGGGCGGCAUCGACUGCCUUACCCCCCAGUGCGGCUCGCUGAGUGACGGAGAACACAGACCACUUAGACAGGGCGACCAGUGCGAGUGUAAUGAUGGUUGGGGCGGUAUCAACUGCAACGUAUGCGAAACAGAUGACGCGUGCGUCGGCUUCCCUCUCGCCGGCGGCAUCGAAUCCGGUAGCGGCGACAGCAACGGCGUCGCCAACAUGACGUGUCACAAGGGCGGCAAAACCAUCUUCGCCAAUCACCAGAUGUGCGACAUCACCAACCGCAAAAUCCUAGACAUGCUCCCCGACCGCCCGCCGCAAGUCACAUUCAGCUGCGACGCCGAGGACGCGACGUGCUCAUUCCAGUUCUGGACCGCCCGCCAGGAGUCGUUCUAUUGCGCGCUCGACACGUGCACGUCCGACGUCACGCCCGGGUACGACACCAAUACGACGAGCUACGCGUGCGACAGGAUCAAGUGCAAGUGCAUCACGGGUCGGUUUUUGUGUGGCGAGGACGGGAGUGUCGACAUCAGCGACUUUCUCAAGGAGGAGAUCCGCGGGCCGGCGAAGUUCAGCUGCAAGACGGGCCAGGGGUGCAAGUUCGAGGAGCCGGCGAUGAAUAGCCUCAUCAAUGAUAUUUUUGGCGAUGGGUAUAUCACGCUCAAUUGCAACGGCGGCGAGUGUCUGCAUUAUUCGCAGGUGCCCGGAUAUGUGAGACCGCCGAAGCCGGAUAACACGAAGAUGGUCGCGGUCAGCGCUGCUGGUGCUGGGUUGAUCGUUAUCGCAGUUGUAGCACUCCUCUGGUGGGCCGGCCGCUCGCGCAGCGGCAGCGACUGGGGCAAGAUCCGGCUCCCCGAAAACGAGCAGUCGAAGCUGAUGACCGACCACGUCCCCGCCUCUCUCCACUUCUCCAACAUCACGUACACGCUCACCGGCGGCGGAGUCGGGAACGGCGGGGGCGGCGGGCAGCGCACGAUCCUCGACGGGAUCUCGGGCGCGGUGAAGCCCGGGCAGGUCAUGGCGAUCAUGGGCGCGUCGGGCGCGGGCAAGUCGACGUUCCUCGAUAUUCUCGCGCGCAAGCGCAAGCGGGGCGUGGUGGGCGGGCGGACGCUGGUGAACGGGCGGGAGGUGGCGGACGCGCAGUUUAAGAAGGUGGUGGGGUUCGUGGACCAGGAGGACACGCUGAUGAGCACGUUGACGGUGUAUGAGACGGUGCUGUAUAGUGCGCUGUUGAGGUUGCCGCGGGAGAUGAGUCUCGAGGCGAAGAAGUUUAGGACGCUGGAGACGAUGAAUGAGUUGGGGAUACUGGGGAUUCGGGAUGCGAGGAUUGGGGAGAGCGGGAGGAGGAGUAUCAGUGGUGGGGAGAAGAGGAGGGUGAGUAUUGCGUGUGAGCUGGUGACGAGCCCGAGUAUUUUGUUUUUGGAUGAGCCGACGAGCGGUCUGGACGCGUACAACGCGCACAACGUCGUCGAGUCGCUCGUGACGCUCGCGCGCGACUACAACCGCACGGUCGUGUUCACGAUCCACCAGCCGCGCUCGAACAUCGUCGCGCUUUUUGACCAGCUCGUCGUGCUCGCGCAGGGCAAGACGGUGUACUCGGGAGAAUUUGCGAAGUGUCAGGCGUACUUUGAGAGUAUCGGGCAGCCGUGUCCGGCUGGGUUUAAUAUUGCGGAUUAUUUGAUCGACCUCACGGUAAACGCGUCCAUGGAGCCCAAGUCCCCCGGCAGCCCCGCAGGCGACGUGCUCUCCUCCGCAGCCACCGAAGCGGGCAUCGACAUGGGCGACGAAGAACAGGGCCUCCUCUCCCCCUCCUCCGGACACGGGCACUCGCGCGGCUCGUCCAGCGCCGAAAACCACACGGCGGUCGACGACACGGCCGGGCCCGACACCGAGUCGACGGAGCUCCGGACGCGGCGCAUCUCGAUCUCGUCGUCGCUCCGCCGGAAGACGCAUCAGCUGCUCGAGGCGGUGCGCCCGACGCCGGCGGGGGACGCGCCGUUGCCGCCGAAGCUCGCGGAGCUGGUGCAUGCGUAUGAGGCGAGCGGGGUUGCGGCGGGGAUACGGGCGGAGACGGAGGAGGUUGAGCGUGCGCAGCAGGCGCAGGAUCAUCGGGCUGUCGAUGGCACCGGAAACGGGAAUGGGAGUGGGAAUGGCGAGCUGAGAGACGUGGUGGUGGAGAGCACGCUGUUGAGGGGGCGGAGGCGCGCGAGCUGGGGCACGCAGUUUAGGAUUCUGAGUGGACGGGCGUUUAAGAAUCUGUAUCGGGAUCCGGCGCUGCUCGCUGCGCAUUAUUUGUCGGCGAUUUUGGUUGCACUGGUUUGCGGUCUCUUCUUCCACAACGUCGGGAACGAUAUCGCUGGCUUCCAGAACAGGCUCGGCAUAUUCUUCUUCACCCUGGCGCUCUUCGGCUUCUCGUGUCUGUCAAGUUUGGGACUGUUCGCGAACGAGCGGAUCUUGUUCAUGCGCGAGAGGGCCAAUGGAUACUAUUCCUCGUUUACGUACUUCUCGUCCAAGGUCCUAUUCGACAUCCUGCCGCUGCGCCUCGUGCCCCCGCUCGUGUUCGGCGGGAUCGUGUACGGCAUGGUCGGGCUCGUGCCGACCGUCGCGGCGUUUUGGAAGUUCAUGUUUACGCUCGUGCUGUUCAAUCUGACGACCGCGAGCGUGAUCCUGCUGCUCUCGAUCACGUUCUCGAGCACAAGCGUCGCCUCGCUCGUUGGCACGCUCGUUAUGCUGUUCAACCUGCUGUUUACGGGCCUCCUGAUCAACCGGGAGACGGUGACGCCUUUCUUGCAGUGGCUGCACACCGUCUCGUUCUUCCACGCCGCGUUUGAGGCGCUCGCGGUCAAUGAGCUGCGCUACCUCCAGCUCAAGGAGAUCAAGUACGGCGUCGAGCUCGACGUCCCUGCUGCGACGAUCCUAUCCAUAUUUGGCCUGCGCGCUCAGUCGUUCUGGUGGCCAAAUAUCUCGUUGCUCGCUAUCUUCUUCGCGACGUUCACGACCGCGAGCUUCCUCGUGCUGCACUUCUUCGUCAAGGAAAAGCGGUGAUAUACGCCGGCUUCAAGGUAGCCGCCCUCCCCUGCCGAUUAGUCUAGCGUGCAUGGGGAGCUUGAAGGGAAGUCGAAGUUGGUUACAUUACGUCCCGCAGCGAUGGGGUGGAGCAUGUUGAACGCUAAAGUUGCGCGGUCGCCAUCCUCCCCCGAGCAUCGAGAAUACAGUUACCUAUUAGCAUCCAUUAUGCGUACGCUUUUCUGUAUAUUAGUACUUAGCCCAUAUAUACGCGCUACUUGUUCCAUAGGACCACGACGACGCGUCGGGUUGAAUCGAGUUGUUGAC